AUGACGACCCAAAUACCCAUGAUUUCGGUCCCGCUCAAGCAGACCAACGAGAUUGACUGGAUAGCUCCACUGAAACAGUACAUACGAGCCACGUACGGCGACGACCCAGAACGUUACUCGGAAGAAUGCGCUACGUUGAACCGCCUGCGCCAGGACAUGAGAGGCGCCGGCAAGGACAGUGCAGCAGGGAGAGAUUUACUGUAUCGCUACUAUGGACAGCUGGAACUGCUCGAUUUGAGAUUCCCAGUGGAUGAGAACCACAUCAAGAUUAGCUUUACGUGGUUCGAUGCUUUUACACACAAGCCGACCUCGCAAUACUCGCUCGCAUACGAAAAGGCCAGCAUCAUCUUCAACAUCUCAGCCGUCCUAUCCUGUCACGCCGCCCACCAGAACAGACAUGAGGAUGUGGGGCUCAAGACUGCGUAUCACUCCUUCCAGGCAUCCGCCGGCAUGUUCACAUACAUCAACGAGAACUUCCUCCACGCACCCUCGACCGAUCUUAGCCGGGAGACUGUCAAGACGCUCAUUGCCAUCAUGCUGGCGCAGGCGCAAGAGGUGUUUCUAGAAAAGCAGAUUGCAGAUGGAAAGAAGGUUGGCUUACUCGCAAAACUGGCGAGUCAGGCUGCAUUCUUGUAUACGCAGGCUACAGAAGGCGCACAAGAGAAUGUCACCAAUGCUGUGUUUGAGAAGGUUUGGCUAUUGGUUUGUCAGAUCAAAUCACACCAUAUGGCUUCUUUGGCCCAGUACUAUCAGGCUCUAGCUGACGAUGACGCAAACUCACACGGUAUCGCAAUCUGUAGACUUCAGGUGGCCGAAGCAAGUGCCAAAGAUGCGACUCGAGCGGCAGGCAGUUUUCCCAACAAUGCACCUGCCAAUUCGAAUCUCGCUUCAGACACGGGUAGCAUACUAUCAGAGAUGACUAAAAAGCAUUUAGCGAAUGUACAGGAGAAACUGGCCGAGUUUUCAAAAGAUAACGAUUUCAUCUACCACCAAGGCAUUCCAAAUGAGGCGUCGCUUACGCCAGUGUCGAAGAUGCCUGCGGCGAAAGCGAUACCCGUCAGCGAGCUGUACCAGGGCCAAGAUAUCCAGCGAAUCAUCGGACCGGACAUUUUCCAGAAGAUUGUGCCUCUAGCUGUGACUGAGUCAGCCAGUCUAUACGACGAAGAAAAAGCCAAACUCAUCCGCGCGGAGAGCGAGCGAGUCGAAGUAGCCAACGAUGAGAUGGCUGCUGGUCUGGAUUACCUGAAGCUGCCCGAUAGUCUCAACGUCAUAAGAGGUGGUAUGGAUCAGGACAUGAUGGUCGAUAAUGAUUUCAGAAUGUGGUGCGAGGAGCUUGCUGGACACCAAUCCUUUGGGGCGGCCUUUGAGCAACUGGAUCGCGACAAAUCUGAGAUUAUCAAUUCACUGGAGUCGAGUAUGAAACAAUUGGACAUGGAAGAAAGCGUUUGCGAGAAGAUGAGAUCAAAGUACGGAGCAGAAUGGACGCAGCAACCCAGUUCGCGCUUAACCUCGACAUUGCGGAGCGACAUCAGGAAUUAUCGUGGAGCGGUUGAAGAGGCAAGCAGCAGUGAUGCUCAGCUCUACAGCACAUUCCGCCAAUACGAAGCCGACUUUGACGAAAUGCGAUCAGCCGGCGAGACGGACGAAGCCGAUGUGCUAUACUCGAGAGCCAUGGUCAAGGCCGGUGCAACCAAGGGAAAGAGCCCCAGGCCAACUGAAGGUACUCUGAUUGACGAGGACAUUGAUGAGGGUCCUUCGGUUACAGACCAGAUUGGCGCUGUUGAGGAUAUCCUGCGGAAGCUGAAUCUUGUCAAAAAGGAGAGGAUGCAGAUACUGAAGGACCUCAAAGACAAAGUUCACUCUGACGACAUCUCCAACGUUCUCAUACUUAACAAGAAAGCCAUUGCAAAUCAAGAAGCGCAGUUGUUCAAAGCUGAGCUUGAAAAGUUCCGGCCACACCAGAACCGCAUCCUACAGGCGAACCACAAACAGGCAUCACUUCUCAAAGAACUUACGCGCACUUACUCAGACUUGCUAAAAGACAAACGUGUACGAUCUGAGCAGAGCAAAUACGAGGCCUUUUCGAGACAACGGAAUACGGUCAUGACUAAGUACCGGAGAGUGUACCAGAGCUUCAAUGACCUUGUUGCUGGCCUGUCACGUGCCCAGAGCUUUUAUUCGGAGAUGAAGGAUACUGUCUCGAGUCUCUUGAAGAAUGUCGAAACUUUUGUUAAUAACCGAAGAGGAGAAGGCGGGCAGCUUCUCUCGAAGAUAGAGGAGCGAAACAAGGCGCAAGGUGCAGAUCAGGAACAGCAACGAAUGAAGGAACUCAUGGAAAGAAUGUCAAUGGAGCCUUCUGGCUCGCCUGUAUCACAGGGCUCAGGCCGAAAGAAGAGCAUACCGCCACCGCUGUCGUCAACUCCUAGUUACCCAUCAACCUCAGGGGCUAGCCACGGAGCGUAUAAUCCUGCAGCCUCACCACCUGUCACGCCACGUUACCCCGUUACUACAGCCCCAACCCAGCAGUACAUGUCGCCACAGCAAGGCUACAGCCAGCCUUCAAACAGCUACAACCAAGCUCCCCCACGACGAGAGAGUUACCAGCAACAAUACGCCCAUCAAUCACAGUCGUCACAGUCUUCUUCAGGCUACAACCCUGCAGUCCACAACCAAUACAACCCCGUUUCUCCCCCUGCGCAUCAGCAGUUCUUUUCUCCACCGCCGGCUCAGCAUCAACAACACCAGCCUUGGGGUCAGCCUCCACAGCAGCAGCAACAAUGGAGUGGUACGCCACAGCCACCUAACCUGCCACAAGGUUACGUUCCUCCUCCCCCACCACCUGGGCCCCCGCCAAGCCAUCAGCAAGACUAUAGCCAUUUUUCUCAGCCUGGAUAUCCGAGUGGAGCAGGGGGUUACGCUCAUCCGCAGAGACAGGGAGGGCAGAAUCAAGGUGCGGGUGGAGCACAUGAUCCUUGGGCGGGGUUGAGCGGUUGGAAGUGA